AUGGAACAUGGAAUAAUGGUUGGAUUCGAUUGUCCGCCUGUACAAUCACAGACACGUUUUUGUUGUGGAACCGAAUCAAAACGUUAUUGUUGUACGCGAAAAGAUGGUGAUGGAGAUAUCAUUGUUGAUCAUGAUAAUUCAAAAUUAUUAUAUAUUAUUUCAUCAAACUCAAACGUAAAUCUAGUCUCACCAUCAGCAUCAUCAUCACCGACAUAUCGAAUUUUAUCAUCGCCUUCAUUGACUUCAUUCUCAAAUAUUUAUUUUUCGUUACCCAUUUUAAUUUCCGUCCUCGUUGGAAUUUUAGCCGUGAUAUUUAUUAUUUUAUUCGGUCUAUUGAUGUGUCGUCAUCGUUCACACAACAAAGAACAACAGCAAAAAAAGAAGCAACAACAAAAUAAAACUCUUUUAGAUACCAUGAAUCCACCAGUAGAUCCACACACUCAAUAUCCAUUUUCACAUCAUCAACAUUAUCUUACAAUGGAUGAAAAUCAAAAUUAUGAUCAUAAUUUACAUACAAGUGAUACAACAACGACGACUGCUACGUCCUCGUCAUCGUCAGGACGAACAAAUUCUGGAUUAUUAACAAUGAAUUUUAAUGAUUGGAAAGAAUUUGUUGUUUCAGAAUCGACACCAAUGAAUUUGUAUCUGACAAUGUCAUCGAACAGUACUGACGAACCAUAUUCAGGUUAUAUGAAAAAAAAUCAUCAAAUGAUAUGA